AUGAACUUUCUUAGAAAAUUCAUUGGAACAACUACCACUGAUGAGGUGGCUCUGAUUCCAUCAGGAAAGUUAUUUCUCACACGUUCCAAGCAAUCGCCAAAGGGUGCACUUGAAUGUCUUUACAACGAUGCAUAUGCUUCAAUCAAACAAACCACUAGCCCUUAUUAUUUCCAAUUGUGCGUCACUAGAGUUUAUCAAGAAGGUGAAUCUGAGUUUAGUAGGUUUGAUGAUUCUGAAGAAGAAGACGAUUUAGAUGACCUGAUUCCUACCAGUGACUCCAAAUCCCAAUCGAAAGAUGAAUGGGUUUUCUCAAUUUCUGAGGAGUUGAAGAUUUAUAAAUUAGAUAAACCAGAUGGUACCAGAGCCAUUGCAUGGAAGGAUUUGAAUGGUGAUCUUGGUGAUAAUUUUGAAUUUGUUAUUGAUGAAGAAGUUCGUAACAGUGAAGUUGAAUCAUUCAUGUUGACUAUUUACAAGUGUUUGUAUGAAAGUAAAUACCACGCAAGUGCAUUGGGUAUUAACGAUAUGAGUCAGUUAAAAGAGUUUGUUUAUAAUCCAAAAAUGGAAUUGUUAACAUUUGAAGAUUUGAAAGACCUUGAUGAUUCAGAAGAAGAGGAUGAAGAAGAUGAGGAGGAGGAAGAAGAUGAUGAUGAGGAAGAACGUGAUACCAAGAAAGAUGGAUCCGAAGAUGACGAAGAUUAUGAUGGUGGUAGUGCUGGGGCAGGAUCUGGUGGUGGCAAAGCCAAUGAUAGCAAAUCCUUCAAUUCCCAAGAAUCUGAUGUGGAACCAAAGGGGGAAACCAAGUAUGCCACCAAAGAUUUUGAUUUACACUUAUAUGACGCUGACAGUGGUACUUUUGUUUUGCAAGCUUCAAAACCUGAUGUGGAAUUGAAAUUGAUUGAUUUGAGCAAAUGGGAAUAUACACUUUAUAUUCAUGCCAAAGAAAUCAGAAUCAAUGGAGCAAUUAGUAAGAAUAUGAAUCCUACAUUUAAUUAUGAACAUUUGUCGUUUAUUUUCAACUAUUAUACUUUGGAGAAAGGAGAGAUUGCUGCGUACUCGUGGUUGUUGAAGUUUCCAAGCUUUAAAGAUUUGGCUGAUUUCCAAAAUAAAUUUCUUUCCUUGAUGUAUGAAACGUUGAAUAAGGAUAAAUGGGGGAAGAAUAAAGAACAAGAUUAUUUUGUUGACGCCUUUUCCAAAUUAAAGGUUGAUGAAGAAACUAUCGAAGAAGGAACUGAAUUGGAAGAAGAAGAGGAAGAUGAUGAUGAUGAAGAAGAAGAAGAGGAGGACUCGGAUGAUUCUCGUGAUGAUACGAUAAAAUGGGAGACUAAAGAUCAACGUGAAAAAAAUAGCAACUUAGCUAUUGGGUACUCCAAGGAUAGAUCUUAUGUUGUGCGAGGAGACAAGGUUGGUGUUUUUAGUGAAAGUGAUGAUGGUCAACUUCAAUUUCAAACUGCCAUUAACAAUUUGACAGAUCUUCACGGAAAGACAUUUAAUCCUGAAAAGAUGCUUCUUCAUCAACAAGACCAAUUUAUGAUUAUGUCCAACCCACAAUUCAAUGACAAAUCCUUGUAUAAGAUGGAUCUUAAUCGUGGAAAGAUUGUUGAAGAAUGGCAAGUGUCCAAAGAAGUCCCUGUCAAGUCGUAUGCUCCAAAUUCCAAAUUUGCUCAAUUAACCAACGAACAAACAUUAACCGGUAUUUCCUCAAACGGGUUGUUCACCAUUGAUCCAAGAUUAAGUGGUAAUAAGCUUGUCAAUGAUAAUACCUACAAGGCGUACAAAACCACCAAUAAUCAAUUUCAAACUUUGGCUACUACCGACAAGGGAUACAUUGCUUUGGGUAGUGGUAAAGGGGAUAUUAGACUUUUUGAUAGAUUGGGUGUUAAUGCCAAAACGGCAUUGCCAUCGUUGGGAGAUCCGAUUAUAGGAAUUGACAUAUCCAAGGAUGGAAGAUGGUUGUUGGCGACAUGUAAAACGUACUUGUUGUUGAUUGACAACAAGAUUUCCGAAGGGCAAAAGAAUGCUGGCAAGUUGGGAUUUACCAAUUACUUUGAUAAAGACAAGAAGCCAACACCCAGAAGACUUGCGUUGAAACCAGAACAUGAGGCAUAUAUUGUUAGAGAGAAUGGAGGCAAGCCAAUGACUUUCACUCCUGCUUACUUCAACACUGGUCUUGAUUCCAAGGAAACUACUAUUGUUACAUCUUCCGGUAAAUAUGUGAUUAGUUGGUCAAUAGGUAAAGUGUUGUUGAACAAACCUGACCCAUAUGUGGUGAAGAGGUAUACUCAAAAUGUUAUUGCAGACAACUUUAAGUUCGGUUCGAAUAACGAAGUGAUUAUGGCUUUACAAGAUGACGUGUCUAUGGUUAACAGACGUAGUUUAGCCAACCCAAAGAUUGUAUUUACUAAAUAA